AUGGGCGUGAAGUACGCGUGGCAGCUACUGCGCGACAAAAAGCUUCUCCCCGAUUCCCAGGACAAGGUCUCACCCGUUUCGACCGUCUCCAAGAUCCGCGUUGACGUCUGUUCCACCCAUAACACCCCCAUUCGAUACUAUUACAGCAACCCCACCGACCUGCAUGCGGCACAUGGCAAGCUCGAGCAGUGGCUGCUCAAGAUUGGCGACAAGGAUAGCCUGCGCUUCUAUAUUGACGGCUUGCCAGCAGCGGAGAAGGACCAAACGCACGUCAACCGCCACCAAAGCCGCCAGAAGGCCCUGGUCAAGGCUUCUACCGCUAUCUCCAACCUCGAAUCGCGCCUUGCCGAAAAGAAGCGCAUCCGCAAAUUCCACAUCGCCAGCGCCAACAAACACCUGCGGCAGGCAUUCCAUUGGUCGCUCGAGGACCGCAUGUCGUUUGUCGAGUACAUGGCCAACAAGGGCUACGACAUUGUGCUCUGCCCAACUGAGUCUGAUGUUCUCAUUGCCAAAGAGUGCCAACCCGACGACGCAGUCAUCUCGUGUGAUAGUGACCUGUUAUUCUACAAGACCGUGCCCGUCGUUUGGCGUCCUGUAGGCUCGUACAAGUCGCGACGAUUUGUGCCUUUCGAGAAAAAAGCCGUUCUUGAGGCCCUUGGUCUGUCCUCGUCAAUGCAGCUGACCACCCUCGCCAUUGUCAGUGGCAAUGACUAUGUCUCCAAUAUACCCCACCUCGCCAUCGCCUCCAAUCGCAAGAUUCUCAACACCAUACACGGAGAUGAGAAGAGCAUCAUUCAGCAAUAUCUGGCCCAUCCACAAGUCAAACGACGGACCGAUCAGGAAACCGACAAGUGGUCCGAGGAGUCCUAUGCUAAUGCGGUCAAGGUCUUCGUCAUGAUGCGGCAGAGUAUCGCGUCUGAUUCCUCGCCACCACCCUCGGCAGCCUCGAACGAUUCUGUCGCCCCGGAGGGCCCAACCAAGGACACCUCGGAGGACUCGGCCCAGGGUGCCUCUUUGUCCUACUCAUCCCUGCGCGAGCGUAUGGGUCGCUUCAUGAUUGCCUUUGCUGUCUUCAACACAAACGCGUACGAGGCCCGGGUCGCCAAAAGGGCUGCACGUGAUGCUCAAUCGAAACCAGAAGCGGAGACCAAGACAGUGAAUCCGUUCGCCACUAUCGACAAACAGCAUCCUGCCAAUGCCCACCAGUAUCGACCCCGCUUCAGUUCCAAAGUCCGAUUUGAGCCGUCCAAGGAGCAACCAGUACCAGCCAUUUCGAUGCAGUACAUACUCAAGCCUUGGAAGGAGCCACCGGAGAAGCCAAGUCUGCCAGAACCUUCAGAGAAGAGGCCUGUUGCGGCUAUCAAGACCGAGAUCAGCGAGGACAACCGCUUUGGACGCAAGGAGAUUAUGAGUGCCUUGUGGUUCGAGCACCCAAUAGUCACUCUGGACCUUGAUCGCCUAUCCAGCAAUGUCCACGUCGCUGUCGAGAACGACCCACUCGCCAAGGUCAUCGUCGAGUGCAUCCGCGGUGCAGUCCGGGUGGCGUGCGACUCUAAGCGGGAAUGCCAGAUGCUCAUUGGUCUGUAUCUGGAGGACCUCUUCUAUCCUCCAUCUAGACCUGGUGCCCCUCGACCUUCAGCGCCUGUGGCCAAAAUCAGCCAGGAAGACCAAGCUAUUCUUGACAACCUGUGCCCUCGGCUCUCGUCCAAUGAAAUGGGCAACGACAAUAACAAUGUCAGCUCUGCUGGGGACGGUCAAGACGAUGGAUCCAAUACGCCCUUCAUCCACACAUUCCUCACCUUCCUGUACUCGGGUAACUUGCCUAAAAAGAGCAGGACCGGGUCAGCCGUCAACAGCUUCAUCGCUCGUCUGCAAGAGAUGGGGCAUCUGGAAAAGUCACAGGUGGCCAAAGCGGAUGUACUCAAGAGUGUCAAGGAGUACACGCCGAAUUACGUGGUUCGAUCGGUCGCAUCGCAGCUGUCGGCUGAGCUGAAGAGGCACUACAAACACGGAGCUAAAAUGGUUUCGGAAAAGGUUCAAACGAUGAUUAAAAAGGAAAAGUUGGCGAGCGAUAAAGCUGUAGAUUUGACAGCAAAGAUGCCAGCAAUCCAGCUUUUUGUGCGAGCAAAUGCCACAGCCGGCCGGCCUUGGCGUCUUUCGCCCCUGUCAUCCGAGGAGAAUGGAUACAUGACAUUCACCGAGAUCGAGCUGGCGGCCUUUUUGCACAAGCGGGACGAGCUGCACCCCAUCCUCAAGAAGCUCAUCGGCUGCAAGGACGAGCGGCGACUGGCGCAGGCGGACGUGAUCAAGGACUGGCUGCCGUUUCAAACACCAGGCGUGCUGAUCCAGCGCCUCAUUGCCCCCGUCGACCCAAGGACCCCUGAUGGCGAUCGUCUGUGUGGGCGACAGAAGAAGGAGGCCGGUAUCGCAGCAGCUGUCAGGGUUGUCGAGCCUGAGGAAUUGCGUGCCCAUCUCAACACCCUUCGCGGCGACGGUUUCGAUCCCCGGGCCUACCAGGAAAAGGGUUAUUUUCUGUGCGGAUCCAUAAAGACGGAUGGACACCAGUUGCAGCUCCUUGCAUACAAAGUUCGAGAGUUGAACUCGGUCAAGUUCAAGCGCUACAGGAACGAUGUACUACCGAAUCGUCUGCUUACCACCACCGCGGGCACGAGCGAUUUUUUGACGGAAGUGCGCAACGUGUUCAAGACCACGGCUGAUGUCGAGCGCCUCCUUGGCUGCGCCCCCGACGAAACUGAUAAGGACCAGCAUGAGCUUUCGAACAUCAGAAUCACGCGCGUUCAACUUUACGACUACUUUGUGAAUGAAUGGCUCAGAGUCAACCUGCUGCGGCUUGAGGGCAACGCAUUGAGUAACAUGGAGCGUCAGACUCUGAAGCACAUGACCGAAACGGGAUUUGUCUUACUCGGCGUUGGCUACUCUAAGAAGCUGGCCCUGGCGAUCUUUGACAAGCAUGAUGGCAAUCCAGUGGUUCAGUAUAUCCAUCUAAGCCAUAAGAAUACAUGGAAAGCUGACUUCUUUGGGUUCGAUCCCGAGGUCAUAUUCUUGCGAGAGUCGAGCCCAUUGACUCGCACCGGUAGUCUUUACCAGUUUAUCCAUCGAUCCGUACAGGAAUAUUUCUUCUCCCGUAAUAUUUUCGAUCCCGACACUCACAAAAACGACGAUGAUUUUGGUCCGAAACCGCACAACAGCCUCUCUGACGUGCAGUCACUCGACCACAAUGGCCCCUUGUUCACCCGUAGUCUCCUCAACGAGCCCUCCAUCAUCCAGUUCCUGUGCGAGCGCGUCAAGCAGAGCCCAACCUUUGAGAAGCAACUCCGAGCAGUCGUGGAGAUGUCCAAAACGAAGACCAGUGCCACCACCGCCGCCGCUAACGCCAUUACGAUCCUGGUUCGAGCUAGAGUGCGAUUUAAUGGCGCAGAUCUCCGAGGUAUCCGCAUCCCUGGGGCCGAUCUCUCCGGCGGCCAGUUUGAUUGUGGUCAGUUUCAAGGCGCUGACUUGAGGGAAGUCAAUCUUGCGAGGACUUGGCUGAGACAGGCGGAUUUUGGUCAGGCACGGAUGGAAGGGGUUCGGUUCGGAGAGCUUCCCUAUUUGAAGGCAACCUGCGGUGUCAAUGCCUGCACCUACUCAUCUGACGGGAAAUACCUCGCGCUGGCCCUGGAAGAUGGAAGCAUAAGUAUUUACGACACCAUUACCUGGACAAGUACUCAACACAUCAAGGUGGCGACCGACACGUUUUGCCUUGCGUUUUCACCCGACAGUCGCCAGUUUGUCACCGGGAACAGGGACAGCACUGCGCGACUAUGGGAUUGCGCCAGCGGCAGGGUGUUAUCGUACAUGCAGGGUCACACUCGGCAUUUAAGGUCGAUGGCGUUUUCACCUUGCGGUAAACGAUUCGCGUCGGCCGGUUAUUUGGAGACGCGGCUGUGGGAUGCGGAGAACGGGACGAUCCUUUUUACUUUGAUGGGUCAUACUAAGGAAAUCGAGGCGGUCGUGUACUCACCUGAUGGACGACUGGUUGUGUCAGGGAGCUUGGAUGGGACGAUUCGGUUCUGGGAUGCACUGUUAGGAGAGCAAGUCGCUGUUAGAGCUGCUCUUCAUGGGGAGGUAAUGUGCUUGGCGUACUCUUCUGAUGGACUAUGGAUCGGGACUGGUCAUUUGCAAGGCAAUAUUCAGCUCUGGGAUGCGACCACCGGAGAGCCUGGGUUAGUUCUGUGCGGCCACACAGGAAUCGUAACAAGAACCGCAUUCUCACCGAAUAAUCUCCUUCUUGCCUCCUCGGGCGAAGACAGCACCGUGAGACUGUGGGACGUCUUGACUGGUGCCUUCGUUUCCGUUUUCCCUGGUCACACCGGCGGUAUCACGGGCCUUUCCUUUUCUCCAGAUGGUCUACAGAUUGCUUCCGGAGAUAGAGACCACAUUGUGCGAUUAUGGGACGUCAAGAAGAGCGGAGCAAUACCCCUUGACUCGGAGGAUGUCUCUGGCACUGCUCCGAUCGUAACCUACACUCCCGAUGGCCAGCAGAUUUUCACAGUCAACACAAAGGGAGUUGUGAGUCAGUGGGAUGCACUGAAGGGUGUUCCUCAAAUGGAGCAACGCAAUAACGCUCUUCGGAUUACCUCUAUUGCAUUUUCGCCCGGCGCCACGAUGUUCGCAACAGGAUCUGACGAUGGAGUCGUUCAACUCUGGAACUUUCGAACCUGCCAACCAGGGCCUGCCUUGAGGGAGCUCACUGCAUUUGUAGACUGCCUGGCCUUGUCACCAUGCGGCCGGUGGAUCGCAUUUGCGGGUCAGGACGGAUUUGUGAGGCUAUGGGAUUCUCACACCGGCGAGCGUCGUAUCGCUCACCUACUGAGCAAUCGCAGCCUUGAUGACCUGGUAUUCUCACCCACAGGCAAUCAAUUUACGACGGCUAGUACAAGGUUCAUUCGCACGUUUAAUCGGCAAACAAUGGAACCACUCACGACAUUACGGUUAGAGGCACCUCCUUGGGAGACCGCUUACUUGGGGCCAGGAAUCGUCAAGACAUUGACCUACUCACCAAGAGGAGAGCAGUUGGCCAUUGGUACCAUACGCGGCUCGAUCUACCUAUGGAACACGUCGUCUGAAACGCCACAGGGUGCACUCUUUGGAGGAACCGACCAAAUCUACUGUGUCUCUUACUCGCCGUGCGGUCGAUGGAUUGCAGCUGGCAGCGGCGACAAGUCGAUCCGUCUCUGGGAUCUCCAGUGCAUAGGCAUGGCGGAAUGUCAUUCUUGGAUGGCAAUGGUUCAAGGGCUGUUUGGGAGGGUUGAGAGUAUCGCCUGGAAUCCGAAGGAGGACCACUUGCAGUUUGCAACUGGGUGUUCGGAUGGCUCCAUCUGCGUUUGGAGAGUGGUGAGUGUUGAGAAGAUUGUCCGUAUCGAGUUGGUUUGGGGUUCCAAUACUGGCCGGCUCUUUCCCGUAAACGUCGACAUCGAGGACGCCAUUGACCUUGACCCAAGCAAUGGCAAACUGUUGAGGCAGUGCGGUGGGAAACCCGGUUGGUCUUUCUUUGAUGACGACCAUGAAGAGAGGAGAAAGGAGGAAGUUAUUUGGGCUCUAGGAAAUGGUUCAAGCCGUGAGGGCAAAGAAGACAACUUGUCGACAUGGGAUGAGAAUAUGCGAGAGGGAUGGACUAACUGGCGGCAAUGGUCACUGAAUAGCAAGAAUGUUACCGAGGACGACUCGAUGUGGUUUGUAGGACCUGGUCGUCGUGUAAAAAACGAAGCAAAGAUAGGGAUUGAACGCUGUACAACCGGAUUUCUAUUGGAGGAUGAGACGAAUGUGCACCAUGACAGUCACGACCCAUAG